AAAAUGAGUCUCACAUUCUUGUCAGGGUACCUGGUUUCAAAUUGUUUGAUGUAAACACAUUUCUUUUUAAUCUGUGCUCGCUCUGACACAUGUCCAGACACAAUCUCAGAUGUAAGGGAAAGGGUGGUGCUCUGGUGUUGUUGUCCUUCCAGUCUGUUCAGGAGGAGGUGAGAGGGCACAGUUGUUGCGUAACACAGUGAGAGUAGGCCGCACCCCCUGAAGAGGAAGUUGCAGUGUUUAGUUCAGAACCAUACAAAGCUGAGAUUGCCACAGCUCGGUGCAGGCAAAAGAGAGUUAUGGGGUACCUGCCAAUUUUCUCGUUGGAAACAUGGAUUCUGUUGAUCACAUUCAUCUGCUUAUUUUUCAUGUAUGGCUACUCCAGUUACGGAAUAUUUGAAAAGAUGGGGAUCCCAGGAAUCAAACCAUUUAUGUACUUUGGCACUAUAGGCAAGCUUGACCCAGUUUACUACCGUGAGGACCUGGUUUCUGCAAAGAAGUUUGGAAGGAUAUGGGGCAUGUACGAGCUAAAGAAACCCAUGCUGGUUGUGAUGGAACCUGACAUGUUGAAAACCAUCCUGGUGAAGGAGUGCUUCACAUACUUUACUAACAGACGGGACUUCCGCCUGAAUGGGGAACUCUAUGACUCAGUGUCCCUUGCUAUGGAUAAUGAAUGGAGACGGCUUAGGAACAUCCUCUCCCCCUAUUUCACCUCUGGCCGACUGAAGGAGGUCUUUGCGAUCAUGAAACAUCAUUCCAGCAGACUGACUGCCAGCCUGGAGCCCAAGGCGCAGAAUGAAGAAGUUUUAAGUAUAAAAGACUUCUUUGGACCCUACAGUAUGGAUGUGAUGGCCAGCAGCAUAAUGAGUGUGGAUUUGGAGACCUUUAAAAAUCCUUCAUGUCCCAUGAUCACACAUGCCACAAACUUGUUCAGAUUCAGUCUACCACUUUUCCUUUUCCAAGGGUGUUUUCCAUUUGCUCUCCCUCUCUUGGAGCUGAUGGGUGUCUCACUUUUCCCCUCGGCUUCUGUUAAUUUCUUUCAAAAGUUUGUGAAGAAGAUCAGAGAGGAUCGCAAUGUGAACUCACAAAAGAAAGCAGGUGAUAUGCUUCAACUUAUGAUCAACACCCAGACUGAUGAUAAAUCCAAGAAGGAAAAGGAGAAUACAACAGGUUUGACAGAUCAUGAGAUCAAUUCUCAAGUCACCUUGAUUGUGUUUGCCGGGUACGAAACGAGUGCCCUCACUCUUGUUUUCCUUGCGUACAAUUUGGCGAGAAAUCCUGAAGCCAUGAAACGCCUGCAGGAGGAGAUAGAUGCCACCUUCCCUGAUAAGGGUCCAGUCCAGUAUGAAGACCUGAUGCAGAUGGAGUACUUGGACAGCGUGGUCAAUGAGUGUUUGAGGCUCUACCCUCCAGCCGCACGUCUGGAGCGAGUAGCUAAAGAAACUGUCAUUGUCAAUGGAAUAACAAUCCCAAAGGACAUGCUUGUUAUGGUUCCAAUCUACGCUCUGCACCAGGACCCCGAGCUUUGGCCAGAGCCCGAAGAGUUCAGACCUGACAGAUUUAGUAAGGAGAACAAGCGGAACAUAAAGCCAUACAGUUACCUGCCAUUUGGAGCCGGGCCGAGGAACUGUAUUGGGACGCGAUUUGCUCUGCUGAUGAUCAAACUGGCUUUGGUGGAAGUUUUGCAGAAAUACAGCUUCUCAGUCUGUGAUGAGACAGAGAUCCCUUUGAAGAUGGAUCCAGAAGGCCUCCUUGGACCCCUUAAGCCAAUCAAACUGAAGGUGGUGACACGUUCAAACCAGUGAAACUUGACAGUGGUCAGAGUGAUCUAUUUCUAAAGGUUGAAUAUUCAUCUAAACCUGUAAUCUAAGAAACACUUUAGUUCCCUUCAGUAAGAUUUCAUAUGCAUAAGGAGUUUAUACACUGUUGUCUCCAACCCAGUAAUCUGAUUGGACAAGAGGCAGUUCAUGAGUGCUAAUAUAUAGUAUAACAGCACUAGCGUAACAAUCAGCUUGUUAUUUAAGCUUUGUUUCUAUUUCUAUGUUCAGAAGCUACUGUCAUUUAUCAGUAUAUCUUGAUAGGCAUCGUCAAACCCUAAGGACCCUUACUGGUAACCCUUGAACCCCUAUUAUAAUUGUGCAUGAAAUAGCCAGAAAAAAAAACAUAGCUGCAUGAAAUAAGGCCAGUUUAUUCACACAAAUCCCUUAACAUAUCAAAACCAUAGAAAGAAAAGUGUCCACUUUAAAACAGCAGCCUCCAAAAGUCCUCCUUGGCAAAAAAAAUAUCCUUAAGUCCCAACAGAAAUGUCCUCAAAAAACUCAAAAGUUGUUGAUUCCCAACCAAAUGUUGUCCAAAAAGCUGUGUAUAUUUCUUUACCCCAACUCAGUGUUCAUUGGUGUUUAUGUACAGACUGUCUUGAUUGAUCCAGCUGGAACCGCUGAAUCACACGACAGACUCUGAUUUCACUGCUUGCAUGAUGAACUGAAACAUACGGAUCCAUUUACAUUAAAGGAGCUUUUCUGUUGAGAUGUGUAGACCUACAAAAACUAACAUGAGUGCAGGACGAAUGUUUGGGUUACUUGGUAACUAUCCAGUUCCUGACAAGUGAGGGAUCUAUUUGUGUUGGUAGAGCAAUAAAAUAAUACAACUGUGUUUUUGUUUGUUUGUUUUAAUGCUCACUACUAUAUGCCACUUGUAUAACUGUUGUAAAAAAAAAAAAGCAAUAUCACACUCAAGUGAUUACCAAACCACUUCCAUGCUCAUUCAGUACAACAGAAUGACCAGGGGCCUCAUGUCCAAAGGUUGCGUACGCACAAAAACGUGUCGUACGCUCUUUUUCACAGCAAAGUUCAGAUGUAUCAAGAGUGAAAUGAGAUGUAUGGAAGUGAGAUCUGGGGCCCCCUCAGUAGACUUGGGCAUGGCUCAUGGGACAAACACCCAAUAGAGGCUCUCCAUACUGAAUUCUGUAGAAGAAUCCUACAUGUUCAAAGAAAAACUCCAAAUAACGCCUGCCGAGCAGAACUGAGAUGUUUCCCAUUUUUGUUAAACAUUCAGAAAUGGGCAAUCAAAUUUUGGACACAUCUAAAUUGAAGCCCAAAAGACUCACUUCAAUAUAAAGCACAAAAAGCCCAAGAGCUGAACUCUGAAAACUGUCCCCUUAGUCAGCUGGUGAGGAAGCUAAUCAGCCAGACUCCUGUCAGCACUGAUCCAAAACACAACCAAAUGAAACUCAUCAUGAAGCACUCCAAAGAUCUGUAUUUAGAACACUGGAGAAACCAAACAAAGACCCAAAGUAGAAAGAAUUGUUAUUUGACCCUAAACCAUGAUUAUAAAUUAUCUGAAUAUCUGUACAGUGUCAGAGAUACAAAACAAAGACGUAUCCUGACCAAAUACAGGCUGAGUGACCACCAGCUAGCUGUAGAGACAGGGAGAUACAGGCAGACAUGGCUGCCUAGAGAGGAGCGUCUAUGUGCUCACUGCUCUACAGGGGACAUAGAGACAGAGAUGCACUUCCUCCUCUACUGUAGCAAGUUCUCUUUUCUAAGAGAUUCCCACUACAGGAAAAUUACUAAAAUAGUGACAAACUUCCCAACAUUAACCCCAGAAGAGAAACUGUCAGUUCUCCUGGGGGAAGGGUCAGCAGCUCCUCUGGCUGCUAAAUAUCUGUCUGCCUGUCACAGCCUGAGGGACGCACCAUCCCAUGGUGUUUGAUUUUGGGUGGGGGUUUUGUGAGCGUGCUGCAUCGGGUGAGGACAUUGAUAUAUGCUGUAUGGGUAAUCGUUCAUUAAUGCGUAUAGAAUAUGUAAUAUAUGUAGUGUAGUGUGUUGUGGAUAUAGAUGUAAUGUAUGUGUAUGAAUGCAUGUGCUUUGGCAAUAACAUGUCUUUGUUCAUGCCAAUGAAGCAAAAUUGAAUUGUAAAAAGAUUUAAAUGAUCGUGGAAAUGUGCAGUGCCUCACGCCAACUUCAUGGCUGGCGUACGCUCGUUUCUACAGCUGUUGAUCCUUGCGCAUAGAUUCAUACAUCUGGAUAUUUUUGUGCGUGCAACAGUUUCUGGAUUUGAGUGUACGCCAUGUUUCAGUAGGAAAUCCAUGCAAGUCUUUGUACAUGAGGCCUCUGGAGGGUGUUAUUGCUUAAUUUACAUCAAAAAUGAAAUAAUGAGGGGGGCUGGUGCCCCUGUAAAUCUGAACCUGGACCCCCCUUCCACACCAAACAAAUAUUAUACAAUAAAAAAAGCUUCGGUAUCGUGCCUAUGUUACAGGCGGAGCACAUGCGUGUGGCACUUGGUUCCAGUCCCUUAGAGCGCUAAGGGUCUCAUGUUGAGUGUAAACAGCCAAACAGCUGCUGUCAGUCUGCAUUAGUACACAGUAGUAUACAUGUCUAGUAUAUAGGGAUGCACUGAUGUUUAGCCAGUUCGUUCUCAGCCGGUCCUCGCCCUUCUCAGUCUCUUUUGUCAGGGUUGAAUGUGUCCCUCUGACAACACCCUUGGCCCCAGCCUGGCCCCCCCAGUAAAAUUGGUCUAGAACCACCACUGCCAGCACCGCAAUCAGUGAUGAUUGAAAAGAGAGAGAAUUGUUGCCCAUCGCAGAGAUCCUGGAGACACAGCACUGUUAGCAUGAAUUUAUAUUUCUUCUGUUUGUAUAUUUUUAGACAUGUUCAUCGUAGAAACACGUGGACACAUUCAAUAAAAUGUGAUUGAAAAAUUAAAAAACAGAGUAUAAUA